AUACAAUGGACAAUAUUCUCCUCAGUGAUGCGGAACGUUUUUAUAUAAUCCAAGGAACUCAGCUUGAUUGUCGACUCGAUGGAAGACUAGGAAAAGAUUUUCGUCCGAUGGAACUCGAAACGGGCGUUCUCAAUCACACUGCGGGCUCGGCUAGAGUCAAAAUUGGAAGUACGAUAGUUAUCGCAUGUGUUUCCAUUGGUGUUGGCACCACAUCAACGAAUCUUCCAAACGAGGGACGAAUGGAGAUUGACGUUGAAUGUUCCCCCACUGCUACGCCAAAGUUUUCAGGCAAAAGUGGAGCCGAAAUUGCGGACACCUUGAAAGCUACUCUCUCAGCCGCGUUCACUAGAAACUGCUUGCCCCUCAGAUUGCUUUGUAUCCAGCCAGGCAAACAGUGCUGGGUCUUGCACACUGAUCUCCUUCUUCUUGAAAGUGAUGGAAACCUUGUGGAUGCAGCUUCCCUUGCCGUAGUCGCUGCUCUGUCGACAAUAAAGUUGCCGGUUUCUUUGUCUCAGAAAAUCGCAGCUGAGAUUGGUGACGCCUCUGAUCGCGGAAACUUGCUGCCUACGAAGGAUCUCCCAACAUUCAUUACUGUUCACAAAAUUGGCAAUUCAUACGUCGUAGAUGCCAACAGAGAAGAGGAGGCCUGUUCACUUUCAAGAGUUCUUGUUGCCGUUCGUGCCGAUGGAACCAUCACAGCGCUUAUUCAAGAAGGUUGCGGCAGUCUUCAAGCCGAAUCUCUCAUGGAAAUGGUAAAAGUGAGUUGA